UCCCGUCCCGGGCUCGCCCCGCGGCUCUCGGUGCCCCCUGCCCACGGCCGUGUCCCGGAGCCCCGCGCGGGGCGGGGGCCGCACCGGGGGCUGCGCGGCCGCGGCUCCGCCAGCGCCGGGCGGGGCCAGGGGCAGCGCGGCGGGGCCGCACACGGCGCCUGUGCCGAGGGGCAGGGCCGGGGAGGCGGGCGGCCCCCCGCUCCCCUCCCUCCGCUUCCCGUCCCUGCCCCUUCCCCCAUGGCGGCGCUGGGCGCCUCGGCGCGGCUGGCGGCGGCGGCGGCGCUGUGAGCAGCGGGCCGGGCGGGCAUGGCGGGCCGCGGCCGCCGCGCCUGGCUCAGCGUCCUGCUGGGGCUGGUGCUGGGCUUCGUGCUCGCAUCGCGCCUCGUCCUGCCCCGCGCCUCCGAGCUGGCGGCGGCGGCGCGGCCCCACCGAGCCCGCCCGCAGGGCUGCCGCCCGCCGCCCGCCGCCGCCGCCGCCGCCCCGCCGCGCCGCCCCGGCCCGCCGGCACAGAGCUUCCUCUUCGUGGGGGUCAUGACGGCGCAGAAGUACCUGCGGAGCCGCGCCGUGGCCGCGCACCGAACGUGGUCCAAAACCAUUCCUGGCAAGGUCGAGUUCUUCUCCAGCGAGGGUUCGGACACCUCCAUCCCCAUCCCCAUCGUGCCCCUUCCAGGCGUAGAUGACUCCUACCCACCCCAGAAGAAAUCCUUCAUGAUGCUCAAAUACAUGCAUGACCACUACUUGGACAAAUACGAAUGGUUCAUGAGGGCCGACGACGACGUUUACAUCAAAGGGGACAAACUGGAGAACUUCCUCAGGAGCCUGAACAGCAGCGAGCCGCUGUUCCUGGGCCAGACCGGCCUGGGCACCACGGAGGAGAUGGGGAAGCUGGCGCUGGAGCCGGGCGAGAACUUCUGCAUGGGGGGCCCGGGGGUGAUCAUGAGCAGGGAGGUGCUGCGGAGGAUGGUGCCCCACAUCGGCGAGUGCCUGCGGGAGAUGUACACCACGCACGAGGACGUGGAGGUGGGGCGCUGCGUGCGCCGGUUCGCGGGCGUGCAGUGCGUCUGGUCCUACGAGAUGCAGCAGCUGUUCUACGAGAACUACGAGAAGAACAAAAAAGGCUACAUCCGAGACCUGAGGAACAGCAAAAUACACCGAGCUAUAACGCUGCACCCCAACAAGAACCCCCCGUACCAGUACAGGCUGCACAGCUACAUGCUGAGCCGCAAGAUCGCCGAGCUGCGCCACCGCACCGUGCAGCUGCACCGCGAGAUCGUGCUCAUGAGCAAGUACAGCAACACCGAAAUCCACAAGGAGGACCUGCAGCUGGGCAUGCCGCCCUCCUUCAUGCGGUUCCAGCCCCGCCACCGGGAGGAGAUCCUGGAGUGGGAGUUCCUGACGGGGAAGUAUUUGUACUCGGGUGCCGACGGGCAGCCGCCUCGGAGAGGGAUGGACUCGUCGCAGCGCGAGGCGCUGGAUGACAUCGUUAUGCAGGUGAUGGAAAUGAUCAACGCCAACGCCAAGACGCGGGGCAGGAUCAUUGAUUUCAAGGAAAUCCAGUACGGAUACCGCAGGGUGAACCCCAUGUACGGAGCAGAGUACGUGCUGGACCUGCUGCUUCUCUACAAGAAGCACAAGGGGAAGAAGAUGACGGUCCCCGUGAGGAGGCACGCGUACCUGCAGCAGACCUUCAGCAAGAUGCAGUUCAUGGAGCACGAAGAGAUGGACGCCAAAGAGCUGGCCAGCAAAAUCAACCAGGAUUCUGGGUCCUUGUCCUUCCUCUCCAACUCGCUGAAGAUGUUUGUUCCCUUCCAGCUCAGCAGGUCCAAAGCAGAAAGGAAAGAGCUCAAAGACAAGAAGAUCAACAUCCUGAUCCCUCUCUCCGGACGCUUCGACAUGUUUGCAAGGUUCAUGGGGAAUUUUGAAAAGACGUGCCUCAUUCCAAACCAGAACGUCAAGCUGGUUGUCCUGCUUUUCAACUCCAACUCCAACCCCGACAAAGCGAAGCAGAUCGAGCUGAUGAGAGAUUAUCGCUCCAAAUACCCCAAGGCUGACAUGCAGGUCCUGCCGGUGUCGGGGGAGUUCUCAAGGGCACUGGCUCUGGAAGUCGGAUCUUCUCAGUUCCAGAACGAGUCUUUACUUUUCUUCUGUGAUGUUGACUUGGUGUUUACCACAGAAUUCCUCCAGCGGUGUAGAGCCAAUACAGUUUUGGGUCAGCAAGUGUAUUUUCCCAUCAUUUUUAGUCAGUAUGAUCCAAAGAUUGUUUAUAGUGGAAAGGUUCCUAGUGACAAUCAUUUUGCCUUCACUCAGAAAACAGGUUUCUGGAGGAACUAUGGCUUUGGUAUCACCUGUAUUUACAAAGGUGACCUUCUUCGAGCGGGUGGCUUUGAUGUCUCCAUCCAAGGUUGGGGCCUUGAAGAUGUAGAUCUAUUUAACAAAGUCAUUCAAGCUGGCUUAAAAACUUUCAGAAGCCAAGAAAUUGGAGUAGUCCAUGUGCAUCACCCUGUUUUUUGUGACCCUAAUCUUGAUCCAAAACAAUAUAAAAUGUGCUUGGGGUCCAAAGCUUCAACUUAUGGGUCUACACAACAGCUGGCUGAAAUAUGGUUUGAAAAAAACGACCCAAAUUUUGGGAAAAGCAGCAAUACUAAUGGCUCAGUGAGGACAGCCUAAUGUCCAGCUAUGCUGGAAAAGACUUUUUUUUUAAUUAUCUAAUUUAUUUUUGGGAAAAUGUUUUUUGAUAAUUCACUUUUAAAAGACCACACAGGAUAUAUUUUAGAAAUCAUCGUUGUUUUCUUACAAAGCGCUCGUUUUGAGAAGAACAAGGCCCUUGGGUUUUUUUGUUGUUGUGUUUUUGGUUUUGAACAAAACUGUGAUCAGUAUUUGCCUUCAAAAAAAAAAAAAAGAAAAAAAAAUAAUUGUUUAAGAGUUAAUCUGAUCAGCGGAAAUCUGACUUGAAUUAGAAUUUCCUUAUGAACAAAAGAUUGUUUCCUACCGUUUCCGUUGCCGUCUUCAUGGCUGGGAUUCUGUAAAUGUGGACCUGAGCGUGCAAAGCCAAGUGACAAAACGCUGUGUCUAAAUGUUUUUGGUGUGACUGCUACCGUGCAAGGAUUCUGCUCCUUUGGUUCAGGAUUUGCCAUUAAUUUUCAAAUUGCGUUAGAAAAUCCGAGUCGCUGUGGCGAUGAGAAGGGGUGGUAAUCGCAGGAGGGUUUGGUUGGGGUUUUUUUCGCUAACAGCUGAUUAUUUCAGUUUAAAAAUACACUUCCACUUAUUAUGGGCAGGCAAGGGAGGGAAAGUAAGCACAAGCUGUGAUCCGAUCAGUCCUUGUAGAAAUAUUUGUGUUUGAUAUUGGGUCCAUACACGGGCGGAGGGUUUGGGGAAUCGCGGUGGGUUCUGUGUUUUGUGCUCAGCCGCCCUCCUAGGGCUGAGCGAUGCGACCAGGAAAUGCUGGAGCCCGAGGAGCGAGGGGAAGGGGCUGGGAAAUGGGAAUCUCUGGCAGCCAAACGACAGCACACAACGAUCAAUCCAAGAUCCCUGAGGAGAACUCGGAGAACUCCCCCGCUCCGAGCGUCCCGCGCCCGAUCGCGGCCAUUUCGUUCAGUCACGUGAUGUUAACGGGAACAAUUAUUACAUUUGAUUACUAGUUUUGUUUUGGGAUUCUUCUUUUUUUUUUUUUUUUUCAGUAUCUGCUAGACCGUUAAUUUAUUUAAUAUCCAUUGUUUUAGGUUCUUGACCUUUCCUUGAAUAUCUGUUAGUCAUUUUAAUAUUUUAUAUAUAUAUAUAUGUGUGUGUAAAUAUAUAUAUAUAUAUUAGGAAUGUAUUGCAUCUUCUCACUGAUAAGGUAGUGUACAUCAUACAGUAAAUGAUCUCCAAAGAUUACUUUCUAAAAUAUUUUUUCAUGAAUCCUUUUUUUUCCCCCCAACAUUCCUUUAACAUUUUUGGAAUGACUUCAGUGAGUUUAGGAAUUUUUUCGUAUUCUAAGAGGAACUGGGGAUGAGGAGGCUGAAUACAAGGAAAGUAUGAUCCCUAUGAGUUAACACCUAGCAAGGUAAGAGAAAAUACGUGAAAUAAAGUGCCUUAAAGCCAGAUAGGGAACCCUGUACACUGAGACUUAGACAGUGACUGGACUUUGUCAUUGAAGCAGAUGAUCUCUUGGGACUUAUGUACCUGUAAAUAUCCUGCUCAGCAGAAACAAAAAAAUAAAAACCAGCGAACAAUAUAUUUUUCUAUUGUAUCCUCCAGCCCCAUUUCAUCUCAUUGCCCUCAGUUCCACUUCACCCACUCUUUGGGAAGUGGAGGCAAGUGAAGGAAUGGAGAAAACCCAAGGCUUAGGUGGUUGUUGCCACGUUUGAAGGGAUCUUACAGAGCGAUUGCUGUUCCAGUAGAAGAAAUAACCAUUGUUUACAUGUGUAUGGAGUAUGAACUGCAACUAGCAUAGAGUCUGUGUCUUACAAUGUUCAUCAUUUCUGGUGACAGUCCCAACGAUGUAGGUGCAUGGAAAAUUUUUCUUUUCCUUCUCUCUUUUUUUUUUCUUUCUUUCUUUCCUUUUUUUUUUUUAACUUGCUUCUAAGAUGCAAUAAAGAUUUUUUUAUUUGCAA